CUUCCGGAACACCCGAAGCAUGUACUGAAGCGGUGAUGAAUCCUGUUAUAUGGCUUCUCAAAAUACUGCUCAUUUUCUUUCUUUCUCACUUUUCCUUUUCUUCAGACAUCAUAACGCAACAUCACUUCAUUAAAGAUAACGAUGAAGUGAUUGUCUCUAGUGGCAAUAUUUUUGCACUAGGAUUUUUCAGCCCUGGCAGUUCUAGUAAUCGAUUUGUUGGCAUCUGGUAUUAUCAACAUCCGGAGAAGACCGUUGUUUGGGUGGCUAACAGAGAGAAUCCCAUUAAUGAUACUUCAGGGGUCUUCUCUAUCGACCGUCGAGGAAAUCUUGUCCUGUUCCAAACAAACCAAACACUUCCUGUCUGGUCCACAAACAUUUCCCUCGCAGGCACUAGCAAUUGUAUUGCUCAAGUUUUGGAUUCGGGAAAUCUUGUUUUGAUUCACAAUGAUACCACAAAGGCGGUACUGUGGCAGAGUUUUGAUCAUCCAACAAAUACUUGGCUUUCAUUUCAAAAGCUUGGGUUGAAUCUUAGAACCGGUGUGAACCUAAUAUAUACGUCUUGGAAGUCUCCAGAUGAUCCAGGGGUUGGGAAUUAUUCCUUCAGGAUGAACCCAAACGGGUCUCCUCAGAUAUUUUUGUACAAGGGUUCGACUCCAUGGUGGCGAAGCGGAGCUUGGACCGAACAAAGAUGGAGUGGUAUACCUCAAAUGACUCAGAACUUCAUAUUUAAAGAUACAUUUGUCAACGCUGGUUAUGAAGUAUCGUUCUCUUCUGAUGUGAGAAAUAGCUCCAUCGUUUCAAGAACGCUAGUGAAGGAAACAGGAGUUUUGCAAAGAGAAACAUGGAACAAUGAAGCGCAACGUUGGAUUGUUUUUUAUUCAGCUCCAACGGAACGUUGUGAUUUUUACGGGUAUUGUGGGCCAAAUGGUUACUGUAACCCUUAUCUCGCAGGUGCUUUAGAAUGUACAUGCUUCCCAGGAUUCCAACCCAAAUCACCCGAAGGAUGGUUCAUAGGAGAUUCGGCAGGAGGAUGCGUGAGGAAGCGAGGUGUCUCCAUGUGUGGAAAUGGAGAAGGGUUCGUCAAGUUUCCACAUGCGAAGGUGCCUGACACUUCCGCGGCAGUUGUAAACAUGAGUAUAGGAUUGAAGCAAUGCAAGGAAAAGUGCUUGAGAAAUUGUUCUUGCAUGGCUUAUGCUAGCGCUAACUCAGAGACUGGAAGAGGGAUUGGUUGCUUGACUUGGCAUGGAGAUUUGAUGGAUGCGAGGAAAUAUACCUAUACGGGACAAGACCUAUACAUACGAGUGGAUAAAAAUGAGAUAGCUCGGUAUACAAAGAAAGGUCUACUUCACAACAGGGGAGUGCUUGCGAUUAUAAUAGUUUCUUUGGCUGUAGUGCUUCUCAUACUAAUUGCCCUUUCGCGUUGCUUUCUAAGAAGGCAAAGAAGAGCAGGAAGAGCAAGAAAAAGCAAAAAUAUCUUUAGCUUUACCUCAUUCAAGGACUCUUUAGGUGAAAAAGAGAUUGAUGAGAGCAGAAGAAAUGGAGAUUUACCCUACUUUGAUUUGGGCACCAUAGCCGCUGCCACUAAUAAUUUCUCUUCUGAUAAUAAACUUGGGCAAGGUGGCUUUGGCCCUGUCUACAAGGGUGUGCUCUUAAAUGGACAAGAAAUAGCAGUGAAAAGACUAUCAAAUUCCUCAAGUCAGGGACUACAAGAGUUUAAGAAUGAAAUUGUGCUAAUUGCAAAACUUCAGCAUAGGAAUCUCGUAAGGAUACUAGGAUGUUGCGUUGAGGGUGAAGAGAAGAUGUUAGUCUAUGAAUUUUUACCAAAUAAAAGCUUAGACUUUAUCAUUUUCGAUGACUCAAAAAGAUCACUAUUGGAUUGGAAAAAGCGUUUGGAAAUUAUCUGUGGGAUUGCCCGAGGAAUGUUGUAUCUCCACCAUGAUUCCAGGUUAAGAGUCAUUCAUAGGGAUUUGAAAGCGAGCAAUGUAUUACUAGAUGAUGCAAUGAAUCCGAAAAUUUCUGAUUUCGGCAUGGCUAGAAUAUUUGGAGGAGACCAAAUGGAAGGGGAUACCAGACGUGUAGUUGGAACAUAUGGUUACAUGUCGCCUGAAUAUGCAAUGCAUGGACACUUUUCAAUGAAAUCCGAUGUGUAUAGCUUUGGAGUAUUGCUGUUAGAGAUCAUCACUGGAAAAAAGAACAGCAGUUAUUUUCCCAAUAGUCCGUCGUUGAAUAUGGUUGGACAUGUUUGGGAGUUAUGGAAAGAAGAGAAAGCCAUGGAAGUUGUUGACUCCUCAUUAGCUGAUUCAUAUUCUACCGAUGAAAUUUUGAAGUGCAUUCAAAUUGGGCUAUUGUGCGUUCAAGAAUGUGCAACAAAUCGACCAACAAUGUUGACAGUUGUUUUUAUGUUGAGUAACGAAACCACUCUUCCAUCGCCAGAACAACCUGCAUUUAUAGCGAAGAAAAUUCACAAAAGCGACGAGAUAUCAAUUAGUGGAGGAACUAAGUCUAUAAAUGAAGUGACAGUCACCAUGAUUGAUGCUCGGUAGAGAUAAAAUACAAUGUUUUAUGCAGAAAUAAUAUUAUUUGUAAUUAUUAUUAUGUUAUAGAUUAUAAUAAAAUAUACAUUAUUAA